CAGAGCAGCAUCUUUGUGUCCGACUCGCACGACCCGUGGUUCAACUUGGCGUUCGAAGACUGGCAAACCGACCCCGACCGACGCAUCCUGUACCUGUACCGCAACUCGCCGAGCGUCAUCAUCGGCCGCAACCAGAACCCGUGGAAGGAGAUCAACCUCUCUCAACUGCGCACCCUCGAGAUCCCGUUCGUGCGACGAAAGAGCGGCGGCGGCACCGUGUACCAUGACCUCGGCAACACCAACUACUGCGUCUUUGUCCCUCGCACCGAGUUUGAUCGACGCUCAAACGCCGAGCUCGUCACGACCGGGCUGAACUCGCUCGGCGUGCCGGCGUACGUCAACGAGCGGCACGACAUCUGCGUCGACGGGUUCAAGAUGAGCCCUCUCCCCUGCGCAUUCCUGCACGUGUCGGGCUCGGCGUUCAAGCUCGUCAACAAGCGGGCGUACCACCACGGCACGAUGCUCAUCGACGCCCAGCUCGGCAACUUGCGCGGCGUCCUCGGCAGCAACAAGGACUCGAUGGUGACUAAGGGCGUCGCGAGCGUGCCCUCGCCCGUGCGCAACCUGUCCGAGUCGAGCGGCGAGGUCGACCACGAGCGCUUCGUCGAGGCGGUCGCCGAGCAGUUUGCGCGCAAGUACGGCGUCAGCAACGAGGUGCAGCGAAUCGACGAGGGCGAGCUCGACACGAACGAGUACGUCCGCGACGUGGUCGACGAGCUCAAGUCGUGGGACUGGCAGUACGGUCAGACGCCCGAGUUCACGCACGAGAUCAGCGGCUCGUUCCCGUUCGGCAACAUGGUCCGUCCUCCUCCCUCACUACAGUCUGCGUCCGCUCCCUCCCGACCUGACCGCCCCCUUUUCCCGCGCUCGCCCGCGCCACAGACCCUCUCGAUCAACUCGCGGCACGGCCUCAUCUCGUCGGCGUCGCUCUCGCAUCCACCGCGGCCGCUCGAGUGGUGGCGGGCGGCGACUGAGCUGUGUCGGCUGCUCGAGGGCGACCGGUACGAGAGUGUCGAGCGGACGAGGGAGGCGGCGGCGAGGCUGAGAGGCGACGAGGGGGACAAGGUGAGGCAGUUGCUCGAGUGGCUGCGGGGCGAGAUGUAG